AUGCAGGCUCAGUGCACCAACACCACCACACAGGCUAUCACAUCCGUCCAGAGCCUAGCUGCUGUCCAAACGCUCCUUCGCGCUGGAUUGGGAUGCAUUGCCUACGUUCGCAAUUUGUUGCCAGCGGACAAUUUCAGCCCGAGUCACUUCACGUCCGAGGAUGACUCCGUAUCUACCGAGCUAUCAGAGUGCUCCACUCCGGGAAGUGGAAGAAGUUCAAGCAUCCGGCAAAACAUCAACGGAUUCAAAAUUAUGACUAUGAGCCGGGGAUAUACUGAUGAAGCAGAUAAGAUACUCAACUACCUGGAAUAUGGCAUAUUCGAUGCCGUCGAGAAGCAGUACCUCCGCAGCUUCAUCUUCGGAAUUUACCUCGAUAGCAACGAUCCCAAUAACAUCGUGGAAGCCUACACGUUCAAUUUUCAGUACCACAAGAUACCUGGAACGAACAUAGCCAUCCCUGUGAUGACCCUCGACGAGGGCGUCAAGAACAUGUCACUGAAUGGUCGCGACCCGGUAGUGGACGCAGUGAAAGGAGGCAAGCCACCCACUUUGCGUGACGUAAAGCGCAGUGUCAAAAGACUUUUGAAAGCGCUGAUUCAUUCCACAAACAAUAUGGAGGCGCUCCCUAAACGACGCUUCGCAACGUUCAAAGUAUUCUAUACUGAGUCUACCCCUCCUGAAUACGAACCGCCCAAUUUCCGCCCUGGAGACCAGAAAAAGGAUAAAUGGUACUUCAUGACCCAUGACAUGGAUGAAAUGCCUGAGAAGUGGAGUUUAGGAUCCGUGGAAACGGGACAUCAUAGUGUGGAUGUCAACGUAAGAUCUGUCGUCGGCUACUUACCAUCCUCCACGGAGAACGAUGAUUCUACGUUCACUGGAACCAUCUCGGUCGAUAAGAACGCUCACAAGCUCACACCUGUACAAGAAGCUAAUGUUCGGGUCGUCGAAGCAGAAAAUCAAUUGAAAGAUGCAGAACAACGAAACAUCGCCUGGGCCGUGGAUGGCGUGGUGGUAGGAGAUGAGGAUGCGGAAGGGGAUGAAGAUCCUGAAUACGAGCUCGGCCCUGAAGGCCAAUACGUUCGAACCGUACCGAAAGGGCCUCUCGUUCCCAACGAGAAUGUCCCCGUUGGUAUGAGAAGUAUAGACGGUGAGAUAAUUCCGCUUGCGCGGCCCCAUCAUGCGGACGAAGGUUCGAUGGAUAUCGACGAGGCACACUUCGGCGGUAUUUCAGAGGAAGUACCGACUCAUGUCGCGCAAUUGAAGCACCCUGAAAACCAGCUUACACCCGGCCAAGCCGACCCUCUAGAACAGACCCAGCCUCUUCAGGAUCCUGCUCUUCUAUUCACACCAAGUGCGAAUCGUCAGACCUCGUCAACGUGUAUUCCGUCACUAUCCUCGUCACCAAUGUCAGACCAUCUGGAUUACGAGACCACGCCUACUCCGUCUGGAAGGAAACUCCCCACCUCUUCUAUUCGUGAAGACGCCGAUCUGGGUGAUGAAACCCAAGUCUUGGAUGAUGUUGCCUUUGGGAUUGAGAAAGACGGCGAUACUGAGAUGCUAGGCAAUAUAUUUCUCGAUAUGGAAACUCAAGUGCUUGACCCCAUCCAAUCAUAUGAGGACGACCCCAAAACUGAAAAUAUCGAUACUACGCCGAAGGGAAGCGCCACUAAACCUGAUAGGGACAAUGGUUUGCAUUGCGAGUGCCAGAUCGACAUCGAAAAUACCGAUCAAUGCUACUGCGAGGGUGGUUGUGGUAACUGGUACCAUUGCUGGUGCGUUUUUGUAAUAUUUGAUUUUCACUUGAUUGACUCUCCUCGAGGUGUAUGGGAACCCCAAGAUCAUAGUUAUCACUCGGCUCAAGAUCAGAGAAUGCCCAAGAAAUUCGUAUGCUUCGAUUGCCGCCUUCGUGGCGAUCCGAACUGGGAGCUAAUUCAAGUCGACCUAUAUCCACGGAUGAUAUCUAAUUUCCGAGAAUUAGCGAUAUUCAGACGAGCGAUUAAAUUCGCUGAAACGAUAAACCCGGAAACAGAAAGUGAUUUCAUCAAGGCAAUGCAAUGCGGCACUAUGGAAGGCCACCGACUAUUCAAGCGACUCAAAGAUGAAGAUAUCAUGACGCAGAAGAUUACUACCGUGGAUGAAUUGGGCCUCGUAGAGACAACCACCCGGAGUUUGCGAAGCGGUAAGGGCAAAGGGGGAGGCAAACAGAACAAGCGAAAGCCCAUUCAGAAGCCACGAUUCGCCUUCAAUUGCGCUUUCCUAACGACAAAAGAAUAUGCUAACUACUUCAGCCCGGAUUCUAAGGUUGAGCGGGAACUAUUGAAUAUUCCGCAAUUGGUACAGGACGGACGGGUUUUGGCGAGAGCUAGGCUCAACACUCCCUUUGGAACGAAUGAGACUCUGGACACUGGAUCCCAAACGCAAGAAGCACCUCCUCUGACAAUUAACACUGGCGCUGGCGACCUAAAACGAAGCCAUGCUGGACAGCAAAACGGACGACCUUCCAAGAAAGUCAAGAUCUCUCUAGCUACUGGCGUGGACCUCGCGGAAUAA